AUGUUGUCACCUACUGAUCGAUUUCGGGAAAAUCUACGGUCGUCGACUCAAAUUAAACUUCAACCAGAGCGUUUAUUAGGUUAUGGGAAGUCGGACAUUCUUUCACGAGUAGAACGGGCAGUCAAGCAAUGUGUUAAUUUUCAUACUGUUAAGUUUAUGACCGCUUCUUCUCGGCACACGAACUCACUAUCCAAUGAACAUGAAGAUACGUCCAAGAAAGUGCCACGAGUGAUUUUUAAUGAUGGAACCGGAGCCGGAAUACUCAGUCAGCUCGACUCCUGUACUCGAGCGUUAUGUUUACAUGAAGCUGAUACGACGAUGAAUAGUUGGAACGUGAUGCAAAGUGGUCCUCUUGAUCGCGUAACGACUAGAAUUGAUGCUUUUCGAUCAACGCUGAUGACGUUGUAUGAAGAUCCAGGUAGCUUUACACGUUUAUUGAAGAACGAAUUGAUUAAUACUGAAGACAGAGUAGAAUACUCUUUCCGAUUAUGUUUUGAGGGCGCUUCAACUGGCGAAUUGAUUAUUUCUCAACUUGGUCGAAUUGCGAGUCAUCAAAUGGCUGAUGCCCUGUUCGAACGGAUUAUUUUAUUUCCCUUGGAAGGUGAUCCAAUUGCAAAUGAAAACUGCCUUCCAGAGAUUGAUUCAAGCCGUUAUCCGUCUUUGGAACAAUUUGGUAUGAUCUGUGGAUUUCUCAGUGACGUUAAAUUGAGACUCAAUGAUAAUGCUGAUGUUGAAUUAGCACGUUUGACAUUUGAUAUGAAGAAGGCAUCUAAUUCGGAAUCGACCAAUGAUCAUCUAGCCUCACGUUUGGCGAAAACAUCUCAAGUCAUUUAUCGGUUUGCUGGUUUCUUUUGUUUACUCGAAAGUGCAAUGGAAAUUGCAGAGAAAUAUGUAGUUGAAUUUGGAUCAUUCGAGAAUGGGCGCUGCGAAUCUCACAUGUUUGAUCGUAUUCAAUCAAUCGUCGAGGAAAUGUAUGGUUAUGUCUUUGUAAAAGAAACUGUUCAGCAUCUCGUAGUUAACGAAAGCAUCGCAAAUCGUGCAAGGGAUAUUGUUUUAGCUAACCUGGAACAAUAUAAAUUAUUACUUCACGUCGAUAAAGAUGAUGGGCGCCAUUGGAAUGUUUUGCCGGGUGGUCAAUCUAGAUUCUUCUCACCAGUUUCUUUGAAUUCUGAACGAACUUCUAGUUCUCGACGAGAUGGCAUCUUUUCUAAUGGGGAGAAACCAAAUCGACGUACUGUCAAUCUUCUACAGAAGAGUAAUCCCUUAAAAGUCAAUAUCUUGCUGCAUGAUUCGAUAAUCUUUGUCAAAUCGGAACUUUACAUCGACUGGAAAUUGAAGUGUGCAUCAUCGAUCGUUGAUAAAACUCUUUUACCUGAGUUGGUUUAUGAAGGACUACUUAUAUCGAUAAAUAAUGGAAUCAUCGGGAAAUUUAACAAACCAACUGUUUAUAUCAAGACGGUUCCGGGUGGAAAUAUCUGUGCAGAAGAUCUAGAACGAAUGCUUUCGUUAUACGACGAUGAACGACUGACCGUCAGUAAUUAUCUUGAUAAAUGUAAGAACGUGAAAAUCGCAGGGUGUGGACAAGUUUCAAAUGAAGUGUUCGAUGUUUUGAAUCGUCCCGAAUAUAAAUCGAUAGGACUGGAUUUGUCUUCUUUGAUCAAUUUGAAACCUCACAAUAAAGUUCAAAUGAAAUCAUCGACAGGAAGUGAUUUGGUUAUUAUUGAAGAAGCUGCUAAUGAGAAACAAAGCCACGAGAAGACAAAUAGUCAAAUAGAGUCGAUACCAUUGGUGAAUGAAAGGGCGAGUCGUGCUGGAAGUGAUGUGAAUGAAGAAGAUACUCUGAUUUUAAAUCAUAAUGCUGCUGCUGCUUCGGCCGAAAUGAGUGUCGAUCCUGUUAUGACUAGGAAUACUAGUGAUGAUAUUGGCCACGAUGAUUCUCUACCGGAGUCAUUCAUUGUCCAGCCGAGAACAACAAUAGAUUUUGUCGGUGAUGCGAUUCAAGUGAAAACAACGAAACAAAAGCGUAAAAGCGAGGAUCGUCGAUCAUGUAGAAAGAAGUCGAAAAGUUCUGAUGGGUCUACAGAUAGCUUUUCCAGUAUGGAGGAAAAUCAAGUGAUAUAUCACGAUAUGAUUGGUGCUCAACUACGUCCCAGAAGAGCUAACAUAAAUUAUCGUUAA